AGUUGAUCACAGCUGAAAACAUGUGUCUGAUCCCUUGGAGUGCGAUAAAUUUGCUCAGACCAGCACCAUUUUAAGAACGAAAUACCUGCUUCACAAUGCAGAUGGUUUUGUGGACCAUUAUUUCCAUAUGGCUGCAAUUACCGAUCUUAGUGUGGAGCCAUGCUCGCUUGAUGAUACCCCCAUCAAGAUCCAGCAUGUGGAGGUUGGGCUUUCCAACUAAAAGAAAUUUCAAUGACAAUGCUCUUUACUGUGGAGGGAUACAGAUUCAGUGGCAAAGAAAUGGCGGCAAGUGUGGUAUUUGUGGAGAUCCUUACAAUAUGCCCCACCCAAGAGAAAAUGAAGCUGGGGGAAAAUACGGCGAAGGUAUAAUUUCCGGACAUUAUUCACCGGGGCAGAUUAUGGACGCAGUCGUUGAUGUCACUACAAACCAUAGAGGCUACUUCGAAUUCAAGAUCUGCCCCAACAAUAAUCCAAAGAAGGAAGCAACGCAAGAAUGCCUGGAUAAAUAUCCUUUGAAACUGGCUAAUGGCGGAGGAACAAAAUAUUAUAUUGGAAAUAAAGGAAAUGGAGGCAUAACUGUGAAACUACAACUUCCCAAAGGACUUUCGUGUUCACAAUGCGUUUUUCAGUGGACAUAUGUAGCAGGCAAUAACUGGGGCCGAUGCGAAGAUGGCCAGUCAAGACUUGGAUGUGGACCCCAAGAGACAUUUAGAGGUUGCGCAGACAUCGCCAUUGGAAAGAGCUACAACAGCUUUCCUUACUCGCCAAAUCAAAAUGACAUUAGGAACAAAUACUUUGACUUUUCUCCUUUUUCCAAAAGUACAAAGCAAAAGUACUCGAAAGACACUUCCAUUACAAAAUACCCUAAGUAUGCCUUGGAAAUUUCAAAACAAAGCCAAAGAAAUAAAAGCACAAAUACCAUCAAAAGCAAAUAUAGCAAUGCAAAAAUUCCAACACAUCCAUCAUCAUGGCUGAAUCUUCAGUUUGGCGAGAAACCAACAACAUCGCCAAAAUUGCAAAAUGGAACAAGCCAAAAACCAGCAUUUUUGUGGAAGUAUCAGCAACCUCAAGCUUAUUUUAAUACUUAUAGAGAAACACAUUUUUCAUCAAUCCAAAAUACUGCUACUUUGAAACCGGAUGAAAUCUUUUUCUCAGGUUUGUCUAAUUCAGACACUCAUUUCAAAGAAUCGGAUUUGAGUAAACUACUUCAACAAGAAGAUAAAGAGAUUCGUCUUUUAAAGUUUUACUUGCAGAAUCCGAGAGCGUCGAACAGCCACAAUGUUACUAGAGGAUUUACUUUGAAUGGAAGGAGUUACAAGGAUUUUUGGUUUUUGUAGAUUAAUUUAGAUUGGGAAGGAGGGGUUUUUGCAUAGGGUUUUAAGCCUGUCAGGAGGAUUAUUGUUAAAUG